CCCCGCCCACUCCACCUCCAAACCCUAGAUGACCCCCGCCUCCGCCGCCGCCGCCGUAGAUGCACAGGCUCCCCCUCCUCCUCCUCCCGGCCACCAUCAUUGACGCGCCGCUGCUCCUCGUCCCCUCCUCCUCCUCCUCCAUGGUCUCCAUCCCGGCGCUCCGCCUCGGCUCCCCCGCGCUCCUCGCCACGCGCCGCCCGCCCCGGUGGCUCCGCUGCGGCGGGGGAGCGGCGCAGCGGGGGAUGGCGUUCUCCGUGGAGGCCGCGAGGCGUAGGUUGGAGGGGGAUAGCGAGGAUGAGGAGGGGGAGGAGGAUAAGCGGAGGGGCCGGGCGGCGGAGAGGAGGCUCAGGGCCGGCGGGAGCGCCGCCGCCGCAGCAGUGGCGGCGGUGGGGAGCGGGGAGCUGCUCUCCAUUCCCGGGGUUGGGCCACGCAACCAGAGGAAGCUCGUGGACAACGGAUUCGAGGGCGUCGCGCAGCUUAAGCAGCUCUAUCGGGAUAAGUUCUUUGGCAAGUAUAGCGAGAAGAUGGUUGAGUUUUUACAGAGCUCGGUUGGCAUCAUUCAUAAGAACCAUGCUGAAAGUAUAACUUCUUUUAUUAAAGAAAGCGUUGACGAGGAGCUGAAGGAUUCAGACUCAUCUAAGCAGAAAAAGAGGCUCACCUUUUGCGUGGAAGGGAAUAUUAGUGUUGGGAAGUCUACCUUUCUCCAAAGAAUAGCUAAUGAGACCAUUGAACUGCGUGAUCUUGUAGAAAUAGUGCCUGAACCUGUUGCUAAGUGGCAGGAUGUUGGCCCUGACCAUUUCAAUAUAUUGGAUGCUUUCUAUGCUGAGCCACAUAGGUAUGCCUAUACUUUCCAAAAUUAUGUGUUUGUGACAAGGGUCAUGCAAGAAAGGGAAUCGUCAGGUGGAAUCAAACCUCUCAGACUAAUGGAAAGAAGUGUUUUCAGUGAUAGGAUGGUAUUUGUUCGUGCUGUUCAUGAAGCUAACUGGAUGAAUGAGAUGGAGAUCAGCAUUUAUGACUCGUGGUUUGAUCCUGUUGUGUCAUCACUCCCAGGUCUUAUCCCUGAUGGAUUUAUCUAUCUAAGAGCUAGCCCAGAUACUUGCCACAAAAGAAUGAUGCUCCGGAAAAGAGCAGAGGAAGGUGGUGUUACUCUUGACUAUUUGCAAGGUUUGCAUGAGAAACAUGAGAGUUGGUUGCUUCCUUCGAAAGGAGGAGGUAAUGGUCUAUUAUCUGUCAGUCAGCUCCCUAUGCAUAUGGAAGGUUCCUUGCCUCCAGCGAUUCGGGAUCGUGUCUUUUACUUGGAAGGAGAUCACAUGCAUUCGAGCAUCCAGAAGGUCCCUGCUCUGGUCUUGGAUUGUGAACCUGACAUUGAUUUCAACAAAGAUAUAGAAGCUAAACGGCAAUACGCUCAGCAAGUUGCAGAAUUCUUUGAAUUUGUGAAGAAAAAGAAGGAAGCUCCAUCUGAACAAACAAGCACUGGCAAGAACCGUACUAAUCCACAGAUUAUGCUUCCUCCCAAAGGUGGAUUGUGGGUUCCUGAUGGAAGAAGCCCUUUCUCAGGAUCUGCUAUGAAUCUGGACUUCAGAAGAGCCAUGUCAUCCUAUCUCUCAACAUAGGAUUUCAGCUCCAAAAUGAAAUUAGGAUCUCACAAACGCACGCCUACUGACCUUGUAAAUGCCCUAUGCGUUGAGUUAAAACCUAGGUAUGCUAGCCACUGAUGUAAAAUAGUCUCCUCCGCAUCUCCAUUUUGUAAAUGAUCGUCUUUCGGGGGUUUUCAUGUUUUGUAGUAGCGUCAGCUUCCGUCUAUGUGAGUUCUGGUGAGGACCAGUAUUUGUAUCGUUUUGUUGGUUGCUGACUAGAUUCUGUUGAGAUGGUCCGGAACUCUUGACAUCUGAGAAUAUUCUCCAGUACUUGUUUUACUGCUUCAUCAAGGUUGCCAUGAUGAUCAUGCGUUUUUUUUCAUGCGGAUC